GCUGUCCCAUAGAAGUGAAUGGGACGGCUUGUAAUUACACUGAUCACUGCAGCAAUGUCAACGGCGAGCAGGUAAACGAAGAGAAGGCAUCGCUCGUAUGGCACAAGGCUUUCUCUUCAACCAGCUGAUGGGUGGGGGGUGUCGGACCCCUGCUGAUCUGAUAUUGAUGACCUGGAAAACCCAUUUAACAUCUGCAGCCAAUCAUUGGUGUCAGCAGUCGCAUGCCAUACAUGCAGGCAUCCAUGCUGAGGCCAUUGAUCAUUGCUCCAGGAAAAUCAGUCUAGUUUGGAGCAUCUGCACUGGAGGGCUUAUCUUAUAACAUUCUCUGCAACACCCAGACAGCCCCUUUAAGGCACCAGCGAGUUGAUAUCGGCAGUUCAGGCAGCAUAAAUGGUUGCCUUCAUUUGGGGAAGACUUGUAGAUUUGAACGGGCUACAGUACAUUGUGGCGUUCUCCAGUCUUUGCUCUAGGCGCCGCUGCUCAGGUAAGGAAAAGUGCUGACAACUGGCCGUAUCCUAAACUCUCAGACACUUCUUCCACACCUCAUUACAACCUCUUACUUAGACACCACUCUAUGGGUAGGUAUGCUAAAAGAGUUAGUGAACUGUUCCAUAUGAUUAACUCCUAAAUCAACUUUUUUUUUGUCUUGUGUAUCUUGAUUUUCUGUGUGCUUUAUAGUGAAGCAGCCGACACGAGUCGUUGUUCAUUAAACAGCUUUUGAAAGUUGAGAGCACUCCCCCGGAGAGCCGACUGUGCUUGCUUACGUUUGGUUCAUGAAUUAAAAAUCGAGUACAGGUGAUGAAAUCUUGGCAGUGUUAACACAAAAAAAAGAAUAAUUCCUGAUGAGGCUAAAGCCCUGACACUUGUGGCCCCAGCAAAUGCAGUCACAGGUCUGCUUCCUGGCGGUGGACUUCUGCCUACUCCCAAUCCACUGGGUCAGAUUGGUGCUGUACCGCUCUCUGCUCUGGGAGCUCCUACACUGGAUCCUACACUUGCAGCUCUUACUCUUCCUGGCGCCAACCUAAACUCCCAGUCUCUUGCAGCAGACCAGUUAUUAAAACUUAUGAGCACCGUUGAUCCUAAACUGAAUCAUGUAACGGCCGGGCUGGUGUCCCCAAGUCUAAAAUCUGAUGCUUCUAACAAAGAUAUUGAAGAAGCCAUGAAGAGGGUUCGGGAAGCCCAGUCUUUGAUUUCUGCUGCCAUUGAACCUGAUAAGAAGGAUGAAAAAUCAAAAAAACGUUCAAGGACACGUUCCCAUUCCAGGAGAAGGAGGACACCCUCAUCCUCCAGGCACAGACGUUCAAGAAGUAGGUCAAGAAGAAGAUCUCAUUCAAAGUCUAGAAGCAGACGGCGGUCUAAGAGCCCAAGAAGAAGGCGCUCCCACUCAAGGGACAGAAGCCGCCGCACUCGAUCUAAAUCCAGAGAUAAAAAGCGAGAAGAGAAAGAGAAAAAACGAUCCAAAACCCCACCCAAGAGCUACAGCACAAGCAGGCGGUCCCGGAGUGCAAGCAGGGACAGGAGGCGCAGGAAGAGUCGUAGUGCAUCUCGAUCCCCUAAAAAAAUGAGAUCACCAAAAAGGAAAGCAUCUCGCACCCCGUCGCCUAGAAGACAUAAAAAAGAAAAGAAGAAGGACAAAGAUAGAGAAAAGAACAGAGAUGAAAGAGAAAGAUCUUCCAGUAAAAAGAAGAAAAGCAAAGACAAAGAGAAGGAACGAGAGCGAAGAUCAGAAAGCGAAAAAGAUGUGAAACAGGUGACACGAGACUACGAUGAAGAGGAGCAGGGUUACGACAGUGAGAAGGACAAGGGAGAAGAUUAUAUGGUGACAGAGGCCAGCCCCCCGCUAGAUGAGGAGGCCAUAAUAGAGAGGGCGAGUGGUGAAUCCGCAAAGGACUCCAAAGUGAACGGUGACGAUCAUCAUGAGGAAGAUAUGGAUAUGAGUGAUUGAGCGCUUCCCCCUCCCCCAGUGCUCCUUCCUAUGUAACUUUUUUUUUUCUUUUUUUCAUUUUCUAUUUAAAAAUGUUCUAAUUUGGUCGUCUGCAGCACAGAACUUAUUGGUGAAUGUAAAACUACAGAAGUCAUUAGAUUUGUACUGAAGGGUCUGUCUGAAACAUUGACGUGGAUAACCUGUCUUGUGUGGUUUUAAAGAGAAACUGUAAAAAUAAAUCUACCCCAAUUCUUUAAUGUGACGCAACUUAACAAAUAUGUUGCAUGCGUCUUACACCUCGCAUGUUGUAUAAUUUUGCUAUUUAGAUGCCCAGUUUCCUCGUGUGCUAGACUGCAAAUAGUUCAUCAUAUCCAGAACGUGGCUGUCCACAACUAAUGGUCUUCUGUGCGCUCAGCGGGAAAUUUAAACUCCUCCUAACGUAGGUAGAUCGCUAGCCGUCGUACAGCACCAUUCUGUGGGCUUUCUUUAUGCUUCAGUAAAGAUGUAACUGACUUGGAUUUUUUGUUUUGUUUUUUCCCUUUCCAAGACUGUGAUGAUCUGUUAAAGGGGUUUCCUAUCAUAGACUUGAAUGUAAUAUUGACUGCAUGUAAAUCAUUGGUCGGUUCCGACUGCUGGGGCCAGCAGUAAACUUGAGAAGGAAAGUGGCUGCUCAAGACCGAGAUGACUGGGCGAGUGUUACUCUGUCCAUAUGUCCCAGUGACUGCAGAUGUGUGGCUGCAACUCAUCAGGGGCCCCCAUUCUUAGGGUUGGAUGGAGGCCUCAACAGUCAGACCCCCUAAAAUGGAUUUUGUGGGAUUGAAUAUUGAUAAGUUGUCCUCAGGCUGGGUCUCCAAUAUCUGAUCAAUGGGGGGCUGCCUCUUGAUACUGUGCUAAGCACUGCACCUUACGUUGUAAAGUGGCUGUUCUUGGUAUUGCAGCUCAGUCAGAGUUGCAGAAAGGUCAUGGACUGAGGCCUCACCGAUGCAUAUUAGCACCUAUCCUCAGGAUAAGUCAUCAAUAUCCUGAUGUCCCAGAUAACCCCGUUAAUCACUGACUUCAUAUACAGUUAAAAUGGCAUUAAAGGGGUUCUACAGUU